AUGUUCUCUUGCUGUCUUCAGACUACUCGAGCCUCAAGCCUUAAGAAAGACAACAGGGAGAGCCAUGAUGGUGUCUGGAGGCACAGGGUUCACUCUUGCCAUCAACGCCUGUGGCCAUUUUCCCAAAUGGUGGAAAAAUUGACCAAAGUCAGCCAAGGACGAGACUACACAGACCAGAACCUGAUGGAGACCCAGAGAGAGGCAUGGAUCAGGGCACAGACUUUGGUUGAGCAGAUGAACACGCUGGUGCCUUUUCUGCAGGAAAGGCAACCCUUGGUUGCCCUAGCUUUUCUGACUACAUAUAGAACUUUUGUGACACCCCGAAAGGUAUUGGACCUGCUGUAUGCAUACCUCAGCCCUUAUUCUAAAGACGAUGCAGAAGUAAAGAGCAUCCUCUGUAGCUUCUUGGAAACAUGGAUGGACAGGAACCCUGAGGACUUUUAUGACGCAUCAGACCUGUUGCCUCUGAAAUACCUGAAAGGCUACAUGAGUGUGUACAUGCCCCAGUGUGAUCUUAGUGUCCGUGUCAAGAGGCUACUGACACAGUUGGAGGAAGAACAUACCAUGGAUUCCCAGGCCAAAGAUGAGGAAGACUCAGAUCUGGGGAGACACACAUCCUCAGAACCACGGAUUGAAUGGGUUUAA